AUGAUUCGACGUACCGGACAAGCACCAUGGAGAAUUCUCGAAGCCAUCAGUAUGGUGCUCGUGUUCGCAAUCGGAGCAGGUGUUUGGGACACUGUUUCUAUCGUGGGAGUUAUUGCAUUCAUCUUUGUUCUUACUGGGCGUGUUUUGGGGUUGCUCGAUGCUCUAAGCAAAGAUCCUGACGAUCGGCGACGCGCAGUGCGUCAAGAAGCGGAGCAUGGCGCCUCUCCACCAGAAGAAACGUACAGACAUCUCUCUGAUAUUGAGAUGCAGCAGAGAGAGGAGAACCGCGCUGGCGACCCUCUCUUGAUGUCUGAGGAGAAGGCAUCAUGUUCGCCACCCCCGCCUUCGAUUAACGAGGCGACCUGGAAUGAAAGGUACCAAUUCUGGGAGAAGCAGGAGCAAGGACUUAAAGGGGAGUACGAUCCUGAUAGUGAGCAGCGAUGGGGGGCGAUGGCCUCCGUGUCGACCGCGGCAGGAUCGGGCCAGCUGGGGAAAAGCGUUGAUUGGAGUGACGAGGAUUACACUGUGGUAUAUGAUGAGGGAGAAGAAGAAGUUGUGACAUGGGAUCAAGGAGAGGAAGCGGAAGAUGAAGGAAAUGAGGAUGAGGAGGAAGAAGAAGAAGAAGAGUCAAGUCCAGAAGAGGAAGAGGAGGAAGUGAAUGGAGACGAAAGCAAUGCAGAGCAACAAACAGAUCAGUAUGAGCACUUUGAAGACUCGAAGGAAGAGGAAUUUGAGUACGUUCCAUAUGAAACGGCGCAGAAGAAUACAAUGGACUUCGAGCGUUUGGACAGAGAGGUUCUUGUUCGUCAUGAUUCCGAAGGAUACGAAGAUCCGUUGGCCCCAGACAAAAGGAGAAUUUCAUAUUCCGAAGAAGAACAAGAAACAGAGUCAUCAACUCCACAAGGCCCUCCCCAAUCCGAAGAUUUAAAGCCUUUCACAUCUUCAGAAAUUGAUGAUCAAAUUGAAAUUCGCCACAUUGAAGGAAAAGGAAGGUGUUGUUUUGCAAGACGAGAUUUUGCUCCUGGUGAAAUCAUUUUUAUUGAGUUGCCUACACUCGCUGCAAUUCCUUCAAUCGAUACUCCAUUAUGGGAAAAGCUUUCUGAAAUCAAUGAAGAGGAGGCUCUAGAUCUUCCACCCAUCUGGCACCUCGCUGCCUUGUAUUCUCUAACGAAGCUUCCAAAGAGCGAACAACGGGUUCUUCUUGAAAAAUGGGUUCCAGGUGAGUUUCCAUUCGGUUUGCUGAAACAACUUGUGAACACAGAUAAAAAUAAGGCACCAAGUCGUGAUCUGAAGAGAAUUUUAGCGAAGACUCAACUUGCUGUUGAUGCAAAGCGCUAUGAACGAUACUUGCAAGUAUGGCGGUAUAAUUCAUUCGGACACCACGUUGAAAGCGACGGGCUUGUGCUUUACAAUCGCAUCAGUAUGCUGGCCCAUGAUUGCCUUGCAAGUGCUUGCUGGCAUUAUGGUGAGAACGACGCAUUUGUUUUGCGAGCGCGUCAUCACAUCAAGCAAGGGCAAGAAAUCACAAUAAGUUACGUUGGGGACGAUGAUUUGUAUAAAUCAACAAACAACGAUAUCGCGAAGUAUCUUGAAUUUGAGACAGCGUAUAUCACACGUCUAGAGGAGACGGAUAAAACUGAUCUCGCUGAUGCUGAAGCUGUUUAUGCAGAAGCCCAACGGGUGUUCAGUCAACAUUGGGUGUUGUAUCUAUUGGAUGGAAUUCUGUUUGAUGCUUAUCGAGAGAAUGAACAAUGGAUGGAAGCGACAAUGCAUCAAACAAACAGAAUACAAUAUGCAACACAAGCGAUUCCCCAUGCUACCUUCACUCUUGCGUGGCUACACGAAGAGCGUGGCGACGCAGCAAGCAACUCAGCCGAGACGCCAGUUUCUGGAUUUUUAAGGUGGGAAGCACAUCGAGAUUUUGCAGCACCUUUUUGGUUUCUCAGGAAUCUGAUUUGCCAAUCUUAUGAAACCGCAAUGAAUAUGAUGAUCGUUUUAACUGGAUGGCAUCACAGUUAUACGAUUUCUGCUGGACAGAAACUCAAUCGAUAUCAACACCCAGAAUCGCAAUAA